CAGGUCCGCAAAUUUGUAGACGACGCUGAGACAAAAUAAAACGUUACAACGUACCGAGACGUUGUGCAGCUUUAACUCCAUUUUAUUCUGCCUCUAGUACUCACUCUUCCUGGAAUUUCAGGAACUGUCUCAAUUGGCCAUCUCUUAUCUGCUAUUCCAUUCCCACUCUUUCUUAAAGCGAACCGAUUAACGGUAAGAGAAACUAUAAAAUGAGCAUGGCAGUGUAAAUCAUGGGUCUAUUUCACUUAGCAAACUGUCUAGUGUUGGCUACUGGUCCUCAUUUGCUGGUAUACAAGUCCAGUGGGAUACCAGAAAAUGAUGCUUUUUGGCCCUGUUGCAAAAUCGCAUGCGUGUACGCGCUUACACAAAUUUUGAAGUUUUUUCUGGUCACCUUAGCUCCUCAUACCUAUUUACCUAAGGGAGAUUCUAUGACAUUUGAUGUUUUUGGUAUAGUAUUGGAGAUAAUAGUAAUCACCAUGAUUGUACGUGGAUCACUUUGUAGAAGUGAGUUCAAUGUAGUAGCAUCCAGUGUAGGCUGGUCGAUCGCUUCAUUAGUAGCCACAAGAUAUGUCCCGAUUUGGGUUGGCACGCGUGGACUAGAAUUCGACUGGAAAUAUUUGUGUUUGAGUUACGAAGCAAACUUAGAUUUGGUUGAUACAUUUGUGAUGUUUUAUUCUGUUUGGUUACUGUCACGUCGCUCAGGCCCUACUUGGAGCACUCUAUUGGGCCUUCUCACCGUUAUGGCGGGACCAGCUAAAAGUAUACUCUAUGCAUUAUUAUCCCACGAAAUUGAGAACAUCUUCGUAACUCUCGCGAUAAAAACAAUCAUUUGCAUUAUCUUUGGAAUUACAACUAUGAUAAUACGAUUACAAAGACAUACUGAUCGAAGUGAAACCCGGGAAUCGCAAGGAUUAUUCACCAUUAUUCGUUUGUUAUAUCAGUUGAUAACGGGACGAUACAUAUGUGCGUACAAAGGUCGAGGCUCAAAAUCCAGCUCAUCAGUGUUUCUCAAAAAUGUAAAAUGAAAAGUUCAUUUCAAAACGCUUGUCUACAAACAAAGUCUUUCCACUGUGCAACCUACAAUUAAGAAAAUGAUUAUUCUAGCGUUAUUUAUACGUAUUUUGAAAACAGAAAAUGUUUCAAAUGCUAGUUUCUUUAAUAAAAUAAAUUUCAUGUAAUCCAAAGGUUUAAUUAACUGCUUAAAUGUAUUUCAUCUGGCAUAAAUUUAGCACAACACCCUCAGUCAUGAUCAAGUGAAUUUAUCACCAGUUUGUUAGUCAGUUGCACCGAUCAGUUGGUUUAUUUGAAUGUCAAUGGGAUAUAAUCGCAAAACACUGGAGAAAUAGGUGAAUAAUUAUAAAGACCUAGGAACAUGUUCAUGAAGAACCAAGUUUUAUGUGAAAUCUGUUUACGGACAACAAAAAUGCCAGGAAAAUAUUCUCUAAAUUAAACCAUUUUUUAAAUUGAACGACUUAAAUUUAUUAUUAUACAUAGCAGCCUUCAUU